GCCUUGGGUAACUCAUGCUUUGCACUGCACACAGGCUCCCUUCCUUGUCACUACUACCAUCCACAGCAGGACACCAACAGGACAAGACCCGAGAACCAUGCAGUCUGCCGAUGUCAAGCUGAGCCGCAGCUCCCUGCUUCUGUCCCUGAAUCGCUACAACGCGGCGGUGCACAACAUGGAGCAGACGGUGCUCAUCCCCAGCCUGCUGCGUGAGGUGCCGUCGGACGACGUGCUCGAGCUGGACGCAGCCGAGGACGCCAAAGACCUGUACGACUGCUACCUGAUGCUGAAGACCAUACGCAACACUGUGGACUACAGCGACCUUAUCAAUCCCCACGACGACACCAAGGUCAAACGUCAGGCUGGCCUGCAUAAGAGUCUGGAGCCCCAGAUGGAAGUGGACCCCGAGGCGCUCUUUCAGUUCCACCUCAGGGGGCUGUUCUCCAUCAUGAGCCACCUCACCAAGAGCUCCCAGACCCUCACGGCCAAAUACAUGGAGAUCAUUGGCAUUAGCAACUGAUAAAGUCAUGCGGAGGACUGUUGGGAAAAGCAAUAAGUUAAAUCUUAUUUUCAUAUGACCUUUAUGUAACAAAUGUGCUUCUUGAACAAAACAUCUUUCAGGAAACAACCUUGAGAGCCAACCUGACCAGUCAAUAUGUUUACAUAAGCUUUGUGCCAAAGUUGCAGAGUUUGUGAAAGUGAAUUAAAGGAAUGGUUGAUAAAAA